AUGGUAUCGGCCACUCGGGGCCGCAAACGCUGCUUCACCAUCUGCGGCCUUUGGAUGACCCGCAGCGUUCAGCUGCUCCCGACGAUGCAGAUGCCGUUGCACGCUUACAUCGGGCACGACCUUCAGAGCGACAGAGAGGCCGCAUGGGCGCUAGCUCCGGGAUGCCUAGAUAUGGAUGCCUGGGACAGUGUCGCCGUGACACUCUUUCAGCAUCUUGGCCUAGUACUUGUCCUUCUAAGCGCGAUCACAGCCAUGCGUAAGCAACAGAAUCCAAGGUACCUCGUCUCUUGCGUGAGCGGCAACUGGCUCUCUGCCGUCUUCACCCCGCCUCAGCUCUUGGAGAACGGGCUCACCGGCUUUUUCUGGCUGUUGCUCGAAGUCAUGGCAGCACGGCAGGCUGGUGGUAGCAACUGGCAGAACCAGUUCCUGGCCAGGGCAACGGUGCGAAACAGCCUCUUUUGCUGUGCUAACAUGAUCGAGUGGGUAUGCCGAUACCCGAACUCCGACGGCAGCUUGGCCUUUGCUCCCACGAAAAACACCGAGCAGGUCGUGGAGUACUGGUUCGGCCAGGUAAAGAGAGCUGUUGGACACAAUGUGCCGUCGCUCAAGGCGUUCGUGCUGGCUGCUGAACGACUUCACUGGUCUCAGAAGCAUCGCGGCCUCCAGCUGCCGUCAAAGACUGUUACCUGGAGCGGCCAGAACCUGAGUGCCGGCGAGGUGAGCCAGAUCGCGACCCGUGCUCUUGCUGCGGCCACCACUUUGCGGGCCGUCGCGGCCGUGCAGGACUCGCCAGACGCCGUGUCCGCCGCUUUGGAAGCCUGGUUCGAGGAGGAGGGCUCUGCGAUGUUCUUCGCAGGGUGCACUCCGGACAUGGCGGAUAACAAUGUGGACCCCUUCGCCGAAGAGGCAUCCGAGGAGGAGGACGAGAAUGACAAGGUGGCAUCUACUCAGGCCGGCAGCAUCCAGCACGGCAUUCGCAUGUUGGAGCGCGAGGCUGUCAUCGAGCAGUCUUUGUUGGAGGACAUGCAGUCGCCGCCCAAGCCCGAGCAGGCUGCAGCUGCGACAGAGACGACAACGGAGGCUGUGGUUGCAGAGACUUUGGCACCGGCAGAGCCUGCGACCUUGUGGCAGAUGCUGGUUGCAUGUGGCUUCCACACGUACAAGCCCGCUGCGGACGGCACGCCCGAGGCAGCCGUGGAGAGACUUCGCAAGCUGCAGCCUCUGAUGGUGGCACUUCUGGAAAAGGUGCGAACCAGCGAGGGCUUCUUGUCUGAGAAUGCCGUGCUGGGCGAUCGAAAUCCUCGGCGCCUCAAUGCAUUCCAGGAUAUGCAAGCACAGCUGGCUCAGGCACGUCGUGCUUGGGGCCUCGCCGGGAGGAGGACAAGCAGAGCUGAUGCCUGGAGGAGCUACGCUGGACUGGUUGCGGACAAGGUCCAGGAGGUUGCUCCGGAAGCUGCUUCCGUCGUGGAUGUCUAUCGUCCCAGCUUUAUCUUGAGCCAGUCGGCUCGCAACAGCAUAGAUUGUGACUCUGGGACCCGUGACUAUCAAUUCAUCGUGGUGCGAGAGCAUGUGCUUGGCGAGCCUAUGGUUUGCCUUGUGGAAGAGGUGUUCCGCCUGUCGAUGCGACGGGACAAGAAAGUCCCUGGCAGCAAGCCGUUUCCGGCUGCACUUCCGCAAGACUUCUGUGGAGGAGUGCACGUGCGAGUCAUGGAGCCCUUUCAAGAAGGAGUCUUCAAGACGACCCUGCUGCACAAGCGGAUGACAUUGGAGUGCCACAGCCUCGACUGCUCCGCCCCGCAAAUCUUGUAUCAGAUCCCGGCAUCUCAGUGCAGGGCUGCUGAGGGCUUGGACUUCAAGAUGGAGGCCACGGAGGAUGCCCGCGAAGAAGGCAUGAUCUACACGGCAGACAUGUUCGGACCCUCUGCAAAGGGAGCUUUGGCCAUCAAAAGCUACAUGCGAGAGAUGAAGAAGAUGUAUGAGAAGACGUCUGGACAGCCGCUGGCGGACGCCCAGGGCAGGGUCACGGCGAUGCGAUCCUCGUCGUUUCCUGUCCCUGGAGUUUGGGAUGAGAUAGUGCAGCGAUGCCCGUUGUACUUCGAGCUUUUGCUUUCCACCAAGGAUCUGCAUGGAAAAUCUGUCGCGGCAAACGCCAAGGAUUACAGCAUGCGGAUUUACAGGAUCUUCCAGGAAACAGCGCCCACCAAGCUUCGGGGCACUCAGGCUUUUUUGACUUUCCUAAGAAAGCUCAACGACAAAGCUCCGGCAGCGCUGCCGACAGCCUGA